UAAAUCGUGUUUGUUAUUGUUCAACAUCAACAGUACAACUCUACCUACAAGUUACAAACAUUAAACAGAACUUGAAAAUUAAAUAAAUUAACAUUGUAGUUUAAUUUAAUAUAAAACAAAACCUCAUUGUUCAAGAAAAAGUUUUUGUAAAUCAUUUAAUAUGUCUUAUAUGUUAGCGCAUUUGUUUAACGGCUGGCAAGUUGAUCAGGCAAUUCUCUCAGAAGAAGAUAGAGUGGUUGUUAUUCGUUUUGGUCACGAUUGGGAUCCUACAUGUAUGAAAAUGGAUGAAGUUUUGUAUAAUAUUGCAGAAAAAGUGAAAAACUUUGCUGUUAUAUAUUUAGUUGACAUCACCAAAGUACCCGAUUUUAAUAAAAUGUAUGAAUUGUAUGAUCCAUGUACUGUUAUGUUUUUCUUCCGCAACAAACACAUUAUGAUUGAUUUGGGUACCGGAAAUAACAAUAAAAUUAAUUGGGCACUUGAAGACAAACAAGAAAUGAUAGAUAUCGUUGAAACAGUAUAUAGAGGUGCAAGAAAAGGACGUGGUUUAGUUGUUUCUCCUAAAGAUUACUCUACUAAAUAUCGUUACUAAAUAGUUAGUAUAUUAUUAUUGUAUACUAAUUUAAAUCCUAUAUGAUUCAUAUUAUGUUAAUAUAAUGCAUUG